ACUGAGAUUUUAAUUCAUUUUAAAUGUAGAGCUAUGUGGCUAAUUCAAGGAAAAGCAGGAAUAAGGUGGGAGUUGUACUAUUUGAAAACAAGCUUGCCAUUUUCUUUCUUUUUGUAGUGAAAUACUCAAGAUGUCUUCCAGCUCUACUUCCUGUUCUUCCCAGCUAACUGUGGCAUCACAAGUUCCUUUUGAAGAUCUCUGUUCGACUUUAGAACGAAUACAAAAAUGCAAAUCCCGACCUGAGAAAACCAAGAAUUUCAAGGAGUUUUUAGAUUCUUGGAGGAAAUAUCAUGAUGCUCUUCAUAAAAAUGAGAAAGAUGUAACAGAUUCUUUUUAUCCAGCAAUGAGGCUUAUUCUUCCACAGUUGGAAAGAGAGAGGAUGGCUUAUGGAAUUAAAGAAACCAUGCUUGCUAAAUUCUAUAUUGAACUGUUAAAUUUACCCAAAGAUGGAAAAGAUGCUUUAAAACUCUUAAAUUAUCGAACACCUACUGGCUCACGGGGAGAUGCUGGAGAUUUUGCUAUGAUUGCCUAUUUUGUGUUGAAACAAAGAUGUCCCAGGAAAGGUCAACUGACCAUAAAACAAGUGAACGAUAUUUUAGAUUCCAUUUCUAAUAAUAAUGCUGCCAAAAGGAGGGAUCUGGUCAAGAAGAGCCUUCUUCAGUUAAUAACUCAGAGUUCAGCACUUGAACAGAAAUGGUUGAUCAGGAUGAUCAUAAAAGAUUUGAAACUUGGUGUCAGCCAGCAAACCUUACUUUCCAUCUUUCAUCCUGAUGCUGCAGAGUUGCACAGUGUUACAACUGAUUUGGAGAAAGUCUGUAGACAGUUACACAAUCCUUCUGUAUUUCUUAGUGAUGUUUCUAUUACAUUAUUUUCUGCCUUUAAACCGAUGCUUGCUGCUAUUGCUAAUGUACAACAGAUUGAAAAACAAAUGAACCACCAGAGUUUCUACAUAGAAACCAAAUUAGACGGUGAGCGAAUGCAGAUGCACAAAGAUGGAGAUGUUUACAAGUAUUUUUCCCGAAAUGGGUAUGAUUAUACUCAGCAGUUUGGAGCUUCUCCCUUGGAAGGUUCAUUGACUCCAUAUAUUCAUAAUAUCUUUAACAAUAAUAUUCAGAACUGCAUUCUGGAUGGUGAAAUGAUGGCCUACAAUCCCACCACACAGAACUUUGUACAGAAGGGUAGCAAAUUUGACAUCAAAAAGAUGUCAGAUGAUUCAGAAUUACAGACAUGCUUCUGUGUGUUUGAUGUUUUAAUGAUUAAUAACCAAAAAUUGGGUCAUGAGAUGUUGAGCAAAAGAUAUGAGAUGCUGAAUAAGAUAUUUACACCAAUAGAAGGUCGUUUGCAGUUUGUUCCUAAAAAUCAAGCUAACACUCAGAAAGAAGUAAUAGAUUCUCUAAAUGAAGCAAUAGAUCACAGAGAAGAAGGAAUUGUGGUUAAAGAUCCCAUGUCAAUUUACAAGCCGGACAAACGUGGGGAAGGAUGGUUCAAGAUCAAACCAGAGUAUGUUAGUGGGCUAAUGGAUGAACUAGACCUUUUAAUUGUUGGGGGCUACUGGGGAAAAGGUCUUCGUGGUGGCAUGAUGUCACAUUUUUUAUGUGCUGUUGCUGAGACUCCUCCACCUGGCGAAAAACCAUCAGUGUUCCACUCCAUUUGUCGUGUUGGUUCUGGUUACACUAUGGAAGAACUUCGUGAUCUUGGCUUGAAAUUAGCCAAAUAUUGGAAACCUUAUCGUAAAAGAGACCCUCCUUUUAAUAUCUUGUGUGGAACUGAGAAGCCUGAAGUCUAUAUUGAGCCUUGUAAUUCAGUCAUCGUCCAAAUUAAAGCAGCUGAGAUUGUGAGCAGUGAUAUGUACAAAACUGAUUAUACAUUACGUUUCCCUCGUAUUGAGAGGAUAAGAGAAGAUAAAGAAUGGCAUGAUUGUAUGACUCUUGACAUUCUAGAGCAACUCAGACGUAAAGCUUGUGGAAAGCUAGCGACUAAGCACUUUGAUAUAGAUAAUGAUGAGCCACAAGGAAAGAAACGUAAAACUGUGCCCAAGAUUAAAAAAAAAAUUGGUUUAAUGGAUCAUUUUAAAGCUCCUGAUCUUUCAAAUGUAAACCAGAUUUCCAGUAUAUUUGAAGAUGUUGAGUUUUGUGUUAUGACAGGGACACAAAAAUAUUCAAAAUAUCAGCUGGAAAGUAAAAUAGCGGAAUUUGGCGGCAGCAUAGUCCAGAAUCCUGGCCUGGACACCUAUUGUGUGAUUGCAGGAAUUGAGAAUGUCAGAGUGAAAAAUAUUAUUUCUUCUGACAAGUAUGAUGUUGUGAGAGCGGAGUGGCUUUUACAGUGCUUUCAGUCCAAAACAUUUGUACCCUGGCAGCUUGAUUUCAUGAUUCACAUGUCUCCAGAAACAAAACAACAUUUUGCCUGUGAAUAUGACUGCUAUGGUGAUAGUUACACAGGUGAUACUGAUAUUGCCAAACUAAAGGAGGUGUUCUCAAGAAUGAAUAACUUUCAGGCAGAGAUCUCUCAGGAUGCGGUUGCUGACAUAGAAGCACGUUAUUCAUGGGAAAGCUCUCCGCUAAGUAUGUUCAGGCAGCACACGAUUUACCUGGCUCUUCCUGAUGAAUUGAGUAAUUCAGGUGCUAGGAUUAAACAAACAAAACUAUUAACUGCAGCACUGAUACUUCGAUUUCAUGGAGCAAAAGUGGUUCAACAGCUUGAAGAGGGUGUGUCCCAUGUAAUCAGUGGAGAUCAUGCUCAUUUGAAGGAGAUAAAGACAGUGAGAAGAACAUUCAAAAGGAAGUUUAAAAUUUUGUCUGAGCAGUGGGUAAAGGAUUCUAUAAAGACUGGCAAGUUACAAAAUGAAAAGUUUUACUUAAUUUAAAUCAUUUCAUUUAAUAGGAAAUUAUUUACUUUUGUUAACUUCAUUUAUCUAUUUAAAGCAUUCUGCCAGGCUCUUUUUAAUACUUCACUUCAUUUUGAAGUUUGUAGAUAAAGUUUCACAAGUAUGAACAUGAAAGAAAAGCUUUCGGGUAUAGUGCUGAGAGUUAGGUUAUUUUAAAAA